CACACCGGCAACUCCCACGCCGAAGCUGUGUCCACACCCUUCAGCAUGAAGGUCUCCGCCGCUCUCCUGUGCCUGCUGCUCACUAUGGCCGUCUUCAGCACCCAAGUGCUCACUCACCCAGCUGUUAUCCCAACCGUCUGCUGCUUCGACGUGGCCAGUAAGAAGAUGCCCACGCAGAGACUGCAGAGUUACGAAAGAAUCACAGACAGUAGAUGUCCCCUAAAAGCUGUGCUCUUCAAGACCAAACAGGCCAAGGAAAUCUGUGCUGAUCCCAAGGAUAAGUGGGUCCGAGAUGCCAUGAAGUACCUGGAUAGGACGUCCCAGACUCCGAAGCCAUAAAUAUUCACCUUGUUAAGACCAAACAACAGCCUGAGAAAUGCUUGAUCCAUUCCCCCUGGACUCCCUAAGAGCGUUCUGAGAUAAUCUCAUCAUCU